GUUUGUUAGCAACGGCCACCUUGAAACCGGAUGUGUCGCACUUCUCCAAUAUGUCACGUGGUUGCGAAGCUUUUAUUUUGGAAGGCAUAACCGGAAACCCAUAUCCUGGAGGCGACUUCUUCCAACCGAAAUAACGACAACUCACAGCGGGGAAAAAUGGCGCAACUCGAGGACCUUGAAGACUUUAUAACCCAGCGGCUUCACGUAAUUGCGACAGAAAUAUUCGGUGCCGUCGAAAAAACGGUAACCGCGUACGAGGCGCAAGCUUGCCGCUUGAGAGAAGAAAACAACCGCCUUUGUUCGGAGCUGGAUCUUCUCAUCAAAGCCAAGCAGGAAGAUUAUGCAACAUUACAGCAAAGCCAAGACACCGAGAUGGACCCGCCCUUCAGCUCUAUUCCUGAAGAGGCCGUCCAGCCCACUUCCGAACCCUGGUGCCAGCCGGAACUUAGCAUUCAGGAUGAGGAGGACCAAAAGUUCUCGCUACUUCGGGUUAAAGAAGAACCGGUUCUGCCCACUGAAGAACACGCAGAUCACAGUUCCAGUGUCCAUACAUCAGAGCCAAAUCCUCCACAACCCCCACUAGACCUGCCGUUAGCGUUCACCUCAUGUGCGGACUUUCUUCAGUGGGCUUGCAGUGACAGCUGUCCUUACUGCAUCAAGGGAUGUCAGGCCACAGAAGCACAUCUGAUGAGAAGACAUUAUUCCUUUGCCGUGCAUUUCAAUGAAGACGGAAUAGAUACAUUUGUGGUGCCGUGCAUGUGCAAAGAUCUGGUCCAGGGCAGAAGUCACUGGCACUGUCCGUACUGCCGGAAAAUUUUAAACCGGAAAGGAAACUUUGAGGGCCACGUAUCUAAGAAACAUGGUUAUGCAACAUUACAGCAAAGCCAAGACACCGAGAUGGACCCGCCCUUCAGCUCUAUUCCUGAAGAGGCCGUCCCACCCACUUCCGAACCCUGGUGCCAGCCGGAACUUAGCAUUCAGGAUGAGGAGGACCAAAGGUUCUCACUACUUGGGGUUAAAAAAGAACCGGGUCCGCCAACGGGAGAGCAAAGUAAGAAUGGCCAAGGCUCGUCUUAUAAUGUCAUGUAUGUGGAAAGUUCUGGCCAAGAAUUCCAUGAAAUAGAAGGAAUGGAGAGUAAUGAUGGUCUUAAUAUGAAGGUCAGUUAUAAGCACACUCCCUCUUCAGCUUCAAAUGCUCCCAAGUCAAAAAGAAAGCGCCUCGCCAGAUUAAAAGCCCCUGCCGGUCAGACAAACGCAGAAACGUUCUCCUGCCAAGUGUGCGGAAAGACUUUCUAUGACAUAAACGCGCUCAAAUCACACGUGAGCACCCACGUGGGGAACGACUCCCUUUGUGGGCUUUGUGGGAAACAAAUCAAGGACACGAAGAGUUUAGUGCGACAUCUCAGGAGCCACACGGUCUGGAAGAAAUGCGGACUAUCUGGUAAGCAGUUUUCUAACAUGGACCGUUUGAAACGUCACUCAUUGUUGCAUGUUAACUGUUAGCAUGUUCACAUUCCAACACCCAGCAUGCAUGUUUGUUGCUAAAUUGUGCCUCGUUUGGGAUACACAUGAGUUUGUUAAACGGGGGGCAAAACACAAAGUGUACCGUAUUUUCCCGACCAUAGGGCGCACUGCCAAUGAAUGGUCUAUUUUUGAGCUUUUUUUCAUAUAUAAGGCGCACCGGAUUAUAAGGCGCAUUAAAGGAGUCAUAUUUAUUAUGAUUUGUUUCUAAAUGUAAAAUACUUCCUUGUAGGGGUGUAACGGUCAGAGGUGGGUAGAGUAGCCAGAAAUUGUACUCAAGUAAGAGUACUGUUACUUUAGAGAUUUAUUACUCAAGUAAAAGUAAGGAGUAGUCACCCAAAUAUUUACUUGAGUAAAAGUAAAAAGUAUGUUGUGAAAAAACUACUCAAGUACUGAGUAACUGAUGAGUAACAUAUACACACACAUAU